UUCUGUUCCCUUUUUCUUUUCAAUUCCUCCUGUUGUUAAAUUCCGUGAAUCUUUUAUUUUAAUAUUAAUUUUCAAGUGUUCCAUUACCAUAUAUAUUACUAAAUUAUAUGGGUGUUUGUGCGACUUCAAAUCUCGAGGUUCUAGUUCAAAUAUUACCAGGAUCGUUAUUGCUUUAAAUAUUAUGACCCUUAAUUCAAUCAUUUGUACCACGUAUUUGUUCUGUUGGAUGAGGGUAUGAAUUUCUGUUUUUGGGUUGAUCCAGUUGUCAAUUUUACCUUCUUGAGUUUCACUUCCUAAUUUGAUUGUCCUUAAUUUUCUUUCCCGUUGGAUCUGGAAUGAAAUCGUUGAGCUCAACAAAAGAAAAGAGGAGAUGGGGUUUGAAUUUUUUUAAAGAAAUGGAAACGGGAAUUCUGAUUUGCCCUUGAACUCACUCCAAGUGAAGAGUCAUUUUGAUUUAUAUGUGUCUAUUAAUAAAUUUAUGGAGCAUUCUUCCAGGUUUUUCUGCAAAAUGGCACGCUCAGCGCUCGAUGAAAUGUCUACAACAGGUGCUUUUGUAAGAACAGCUUCGACGUUUCGAAAUUUGAUUUCACGAGAUGGAUCCUCCCAGUUUCCAUCAGAAUCUGGGAGAUAUCAUCUCUACAUAUCAUACGCUUGUCCUUGGGCUUCCAGGUGCCUUGCCUAUUUGAAACUCAAAGGACUCGAAAAAGCGAUCAGUUUCACGUCAGUCAAACCAAUAUGGGAAAGAACCAAGGACUCUGAUGAUCAUAUGGGAUGGGUUUUUCCUAGCUCUGAUACAGAGGAGCCUGGUGCCGAACCUGACCCUUUGAAUGGAGUUAGAAGUCUUAGAGAACUCUAUGAACUUGCAAGUACAAAUUACAGCGGGAAGUAUACAGUUCCAGUUUUAUGGGAUAUGAAACUCAAAACAAUUGUUAACAAUGAGAGCUCAGAGAUAAUUCGCAUGCUUAAUACUGAAUUCAAUGAUAUAGCUGAGAAUCCACAUCUGGAUCUCUAUCCCACUCACUUGCAAGCUCAAAUUGAUGAGACUAAUGAUUGGAUAUACCGUGGCAUUAAUAAUGGUGUUUAUAAAUGUGGUUUUGCAAGGCAGCAACAGCCUUAUGACCAGGCUGUGAAAGAGUUAUAUGAAGCUUUAGACAGAUGUGAGGAAAUACUUUCGAAGCAACGUUACCUCUGUGGGAACACACUGACUGAAGCAGACAUUCGGCUGUUCGUCACCAUUAUAAGAUUCGACGAGGUUUAUGCAGUUCACUUCAAAUGCAACAAGAAACUACUGAGAGAGUAUUCAAAUCUGUUCAAUUACACCAAAGAUAUAUACCAAACUAAAGGGGUAGGCAGCUCUGUAAAUAUGGAACAUAUAAAGAAGCAUUAUUAUGGAAGCCAUCCUACAAUCAAUCCAUUUGGAAUCAUCCCUCUUGGCCCAAAUAUUGAUUACUCUUCUCCUCAUGAUAGAGAUAGAUUUUCCUCAUAGUUUUGUAUCGUAUACUCUUACUUCAAGAGCUUGUGUGUUCGAGUUUUACAUAUUAUACUUCAGUUUCUCAUUGAUAGAGAUAAAAGACAGAUUCUCUCAAGAGUUUUGCCCAAGCAGCCAAGGCAUAGACGGAAUAAAAAUGCUCUUAACUGCUGAGUUUUGCAUUUUCUUUAGAGUUCUGCAUUGUAGAAGUGCUUGUUGUGUGGUUGUAACCUUGUAAUUCACCCUGGAUGUUGAGCUUAAAAUUUCAAUUUGAAAAAAUAAACAUGUAACUGAAUAAUUGUUUUUGUUAUAUAUAUAUUUUGCACGCAUCAUUAUGAUGGA